AUGAAUAAUACAAUUAUCUAACUUAAAAUUAUUAAGUAACAUAUAUUAACUGUAAUAUAUAACUGUCCUUUUAAUUGCUAACAUUGUCAUUCAGAAAUAUGCAUUAAAUGCUCUGAAGGCUACUAUUUAGAUUUCAAAACUAACUCUUGUGACUCUGUGUGUGGAGAUAAAAUCAUAACACCUUAAGAAAAUUGUGAUGAUGGAAUUAAUAUUAUUUAUGAUGGUUGUACUUAUUGUCAGUUCUAAUGUCAAGAGACCUGUACAAUUUGCCAAAAUAUAAAUGCCUAUCCUGUAUACAAUCCUAUUUUUAUGACUAAAAGAAGGAAAGAUGUUUAGAGAGGAAAUAAUGUGAUGAGUCAAAAGGAUUGUAUUAUGAUGAUAUUAAAAAUAUACGUGUUACAAAAUGUGGAGAUCAAAUUAAAGCUGGUGAUGAAUAAUGCGAUGAUGGAAAUGAUGAGCCUAAUGAUGGAUGUAAUAAAUGCCAAUUUUAAUGAGAAUUACUAUGUAAAAUCUGCAUACAAGGCAAAUGUACCGAGUGUUUUGACGGAUACAACAUUUAAAAUUAAGUUUGUACAAGUACAUGUGGAGAUGGAAUAGUUCUUGCAUCUGAAUAAUGCGAUGAUGGCAACAAUGCUUCAAGAGAUGGUUGUACCUAAUGCAUUAUUGAUCCAGGCUACUAAUGUAUAAAAGUAUAAGAAAGAAGUAUUUGCUUCAUUUGCCAAUCGAAUUGUGCAAAUUGCAUCUAAAUAGAAGGAAAUAUCAAAUGUACUUCUUGCUUAAAAGGGUAUUUCCUACUUGAAAAUGAGUGUAUCAAAUGUUCAGAGUAAUGUGAAGAGUGCAAAAGACUCCAAAUAAUUGUACCAAAUGUAGAAUUGAAAAAUGUGAAAAGUGUGAUAAUAGUUAAGGAUUAUAUGCUGACUUUGAAUUAAGAAAAUGUGUUCCUAAAUGCGGAGAUAAUAUUUAAUCAGGGGAUGAACAAUGUGAUGAUUGUAAUAAAUAAGAUAAAGUUGUUUUACUUCUUUUAGUGAAACUGAAAAGGGCUAUGAAUGUACAAGAAAUAUUUUUUUAAAGAUUCCUGAAAAAAAAGUUUAUGUUGAUUUUACUAACCAAGCUCUAAUAAUAAUUUAGUAUUAAAAAGUGA